AUGGCGGCGUGGAGCGAGAGCGAGAACGAGAGGUUCGAGCGCGCGCUGGACACGUACGACCGUGACACGCCCGGCCGCUGGGACCGCGUCGCCGCCGCCGUGGGCGGCGGCAAGACGGCCGACGACGUCAGGCGCCACUACGACCGGCUCGUCGACGACCUCCGCCGCAUCGACGCCGGCGGCGCCAACUCCAACGGCGGAACUCAUGCCACCGGCGGCAGCAGCAGCAACGGCGCGGGGAACAACGGCAGCAGAGGAGGGUCAGGGGGCAGCCGGCGGCCCCAGACAUAA